AUGCGACCAUUUUCGCCAGCCGCCAGAGUGUUGCCUGGCGCUGUGUCGCAGACCCCGACGCCGGUCAAGUCGAUUCUCAAGACGACCUCCGUCCUGGGCCGCCGCAAGCACCUGCCUGAGGCGAGCUCCGACGGACUCGAACCACCCGAAACCCCGACGAAGCGACGCAAAGUUCUGUUCGACGACAUCCGUAACAUUACAUACGAGGUGGGGGGCCGCCGCACAAUGGAUGAGGUCAAGCUGGAAGUGCGGACCGCCCUCGAGGGCCACCUCCGCGGCCAUGACGGCCAGUACGACACUCUCAAGGACAUCUUCGCCACCGACAAGCAGCGCUACCUGCCCCCCGUCGUCGGCGAGGCGGACGACACCCUCAAGCCGCACGAGCUGCAGGUCUACGUAAUGGCCCUGACAAGCUGCAUGCCCAUCCUCAAGAGCAGGGAGUGCAAUGGCCUCGUGCGCGUUAUCCUGCAGUGCUCGUGGCUCGGCAGAGACGACGCCUUUGUCAAGGCAUUUACGCACUUCCUCGCCGCCCUCGUCAGCGCUCAGGGCUCCUACCUGGGCGCCGUCCUGUCCAUGCUCGUGGACAAGUUUCGUCUGACGCGCCAGUCUCACUGGUGCGUCCCCGACUUUCCAGAGGUUACCCGCGAUGCCAUGCGCCAGAGGCUGCACGCGACGGUGCAGUAUCUUUUGCAAAUGUUCCCCUCGGCGGUCGGCGUCCUCGAGAACCAGCUCAGCGGCAAGUUCCCUUACCCGGAUGACUCGGUGCAAACGCACAUGGCGUACAUCAACAACCUGCUCAAGGUCAGGGAGUAUAUCCCCAAGCUGCAAGAUGAAAUUCUCGAUAUUAUACUCAACCGCGUCGUCAAAAUUGACUCACAAAUGCAACUGGAUCUCGAGGACAUUGACGAUGAAGUCACCAACGCUGUGCUGUUUGCACUGGACGAGAACUUACACACCUCCAGCUGGGAGCAGGACGAGCUGGAUGAGAGUGACAAUGAGUCUGUCGAUAGCGACGACCAGGACUUUGACCAGGAGGCCACAAGGAUCAAAACAGUUAAGGCAAAUGUCGAGAAGAUGGACGCCGUUCUCGACACUCUGUUCAAGUUUUACACCCCCUUCUUCCUGAACCCAGGCUCAGACAUGGCCUUUGACGCCUUUACUAUUAUCCUUCGCGAGUUUGACCAACUGGUUCUCCCUACUUAUAAAUCGCGCCAUACACAAUUCCUCAUCUUCCACUUUGCGCAGCAACACUCGCGCCUUACGGAUGCGCUUUGCGGCCAGCUCAUCGCCACGGCCUUCCAGAGCAACACGCCCAACGUGCUGAAGCAGGCUGCUGCCGCAUACCUCGCCAGCUUCGUCGCACGCGGCGCCCAAGUGCCGCGUGACCUGGUGCGCAGCAUUUUUGAACUGCUCCUGCAUCACCUCGGACAGUACCGCCGCAAGUACGAGCCCCUCUGCCGAGGCCCCGACCUGAAGCGCUUCCACCCCUACUACAGCCUGGUACAGGCCACGCUGUACAUUUUCUGCUUUCGCUGGCAGGACCUUGUCGUGGCGGCGCCCGACGCCGUCGACGCUGACGACGCGGCCUCGUACAUUGGCCAGGACCUCGAGUGGAUCGGCAGCACACGCAAGGACCUCUCGGUACACAUCUUUGGCAAGCUGAACCCACUUAAAGUGUGCGCGCCCGUCAUUGUCGAAGAGUUCGCCAGGCUUGCCCACCGCCUCAACUUCAUGUACGUCUACCCGCUUGUCGAGAGCAACAAGCGUGUGCGCCUCACGCAGUUUCUGUCGGCGACGUACGCCACGGGGGGCGCGCUUCGCGACGCCGGCCAUGAAGGCCAGGGCGAGAGUUUCCACCAGCUCGACUCGUACUUUCCCUUUGACCCGUACCAGCUGCCGGUCAGUAAACGCUGGCUCGACAAUGACUAUAUCCAUUGGAAGUCGGUCCCGGGGCUGAAUGCGGAUGAGGACAGCGACGACAGCGAUGACAUGGACGAUGAGGAUGAUGUGCUCGAGGACGCCACGGCCACAGACAGCGACGGCGACGAUUUUUGA